UUUAUUUCGUAAAUUGAAUGUGAGAAUAUAACAUAUCAGACAAAGAUGUCCCGGAGGAGUUGCAGAUGAUGGCCCAUGGUUGUACAAAUUGUCUCAAUCACUCUCAAAAGAGAAGGUUCUCUGCUCAUUCCCAACGGACCUUAAAAGAUCUUCCUUUUGCUCAUUAAUUAGUGAAAGUAAAAGUCCCCAUUUGUGUUCAAUUCAAUGAUACUCUUCUCUUCUCUCACGGAAUAAGAUUGCUUCUCUGCCUCCUCCUUGUUACAGGAGCCAAGUUUUCAAGUGGACCUUUAAGGGUUUCCUUUGGUUUUAGGUGUUAUCUUCCAGAAGUAUGAACCGUUCUGAUCAGGAAAUGCAAGAUCUGAGAACUGAUUCUGGCAUCGAGGAUUCUACUGCAAUGACUAUUGAAUUCCUUCGGGCUCGGCUGUUGUCUGAAAGGUCAGUAUCAAGAAGUGCAAGACAGAGAGCUGAUGAGCUAGCAAAAAGGGUAGCAGAGCUGGAGGAACAACUAAGGAUUGUGUCUCUUCAAAGAAUGAAGGCUGAGAAGGCAACAGCAGAUGUUCUUGCUAUUCUGGAGGGUAAUGGGAUAAGUGACAUAUCUGAGACAUUUGAUUCAAGCUCUGAUCAGGAUACCCCUUCUGAAUCCAAAGUGGAUAAUAGUUCCUUUCAAGAAGAAGAGAAUUCUAUCAAUUCAAAAAUCAGAAACAAUGAGAAAGAAGAACUUUCAGGUUCUGAUAUUGAUUUUUCUCCAGUAACUAGUAGAAGCUUGUCUUGGAAAGGUCGCAAGGAUUGUCCUCGUGACCUUGAAAAAUUCAAGGAUAUAUCUACGAGAAGACGGAAUAAUUUUGGAUCUGUUGCUUCUUCUCCAAAACAUUGUCAAGGCAAGUCCUGCCGCCAAAUAAGGCGCAAGGAAUCUAGAUCUAUAGCUGAGGAACAUAAAGCCAACUCUAUCAAGGUUGAUGCUAUUGAAGAUCAAGUUGCUACCACUUCAGAAAAUUUCCCAAGUUGCCCAGAUGUUAAGCCUGAGAUGCAUGGAGGUGUUGUUAAAAGGGGAGAAGAGAAAAUGUUAUUGGAGGACUCACUCUCAAGCUGCUUAGAAAAUGGACAAAACACAAAUGGCAAUGACAUUGAUUAUAAUGUGUAUGGUGGCGAUAGAGACAUGGAAAAGGCACUUGAACACCAGGCACAACUAAUUGGCCGAUAUGAAGAAAUGGAAAAGGCUCAAACUGAAUGGGAAGAGAAAUUCAGAGAAAAUAACAACAGUACACCGGAUUCAUGUGAUCCUGGGAACCACUCAGAUAUCACUGAGGAAAGAGAUGAGAUCAAGGGACCAGCUACACAUUCCGCUGCAACAAUUGCCUCCCAAACACAUGAGUUGAGAUCAGAUGUUGAAGAUUUCAACAAAAUUCAGCCUAGUGGUUUUCUACCAUCUUCACAUGUUGAUGCGGCAAGCUUGGAGGAGAGAGAAAGAGAAAGCAGUAGCACGCAUGUUUCCAAAUCUUCAACUCAAGACUUUGCUUUCCCCUUGGUCAUGGAAAAGCAAAAUCAAGAUAGCCAUGAAAACAACUGCCAUCCACCAUCACAUAUCCCCCGCCAUGAUUCAGUUUCACAUGGUUCAUAUGAUUCUCCUGGGAGCCAAUACGUGCCGAGCUUUUCAUCAACUACAAGUAGUCACCUCAGUAAAGUAAAAGGAAGCGAAAAUGAACUUUACGCAUUGGUGCCACAGAAAACAUCUGAUGUGGUGGGUGGGGUGCUGGAGGCACUUAAAGCAGCAAAGCAAUCACUGCAGCAGAGAGUGCCAUUAGUAUCUGUAUCUGUUGGAAAAUCUGCUGAACCUUCUCUACCUGCAACAAUGCUUAGGGAUAAAGGACAGAUUCCUGUUGGAUGCGCUGGACUGUUCAGAAUACCAACUGAUUUUUUGGUCGAAGACAAAGCUCGAGCAAACUUCAUUAGUCCGAGUUCUCGAUUAAGUUUGGGAAACUAUUAUCCCAAUACAGGAGUUCCAGCCGCUGCCAGCAAUUUGCUUGUCUCGACCCCUUACUUGGAGAGCAAGUCAAGCUUGUCUACACAGGAUCAAUUUCUUAGCAGUCAAUACAUAGGCAGUGGAUCAAGUAUCCCAACUCAGAAGCCUUAUUUUGAUCCUUAUCUGGAUACAGGUGUACCUUCUUCGAGUAGAUACGCCUAUCCCAGUUACCCGAUCAAUGCAUCAUAUCCGGAUCUGAUGCCACGGAUCCCUAGUAGAGAAGCACUGUCUGCAUCGCUUCCAGGUAGAACUGUCAGGAUGCCUAACACAAAUCACUUCUCAUUCAUUGAUGAUAAUAUUAGACCAAACACAUAUAGAUAGUAGCUUGCCAUUGGAAUUCUGUAGGGUUAUGAAAUUUUAGUGCCAAGGUUCCAGGAUAGUGAUUUUGCAGUGUAACUAUUUGUAUUAUUUUGUGGGAUGUAUUAUCUUUUGUGAUAUAGGAUGUCUGAAGAGAUGAGAUUGUGCUUCUAGUUCU